AUGGAAAGUAUCCACAAUAACCAAGUAGAAGAGGUAUUACCCUAUCAAUUUGAACCCGAACCGGGCUUGAAUGCAAACAAUAGCAGCGAGGAUAGCGACUCAGAUGAGAGUCAAUCAUCAGACGAGGAAGUCGACCAUGCGUUUGAGGUUGAAAAUGCCUGGCGUCUUCACAGUCUCAGUUGGUGUAAAUGUGGGCAUUGCACGUUAAAACCAAAGGCCAUAGAAUCGUUUUGUUGCCAUGAAAAAGCAUUGGAGUACGAGGAGUAUGAUGCGCUCUUAACAGAGGCUGAAGCGCAAGGGGAAAGGUGCUUGACAACGCAUAGCGACUUCAAAGCAAACAUGCUGUCGGAAGGUGUCUUGAAAGUAGACGUUUGCCGCUAUCUUGAGGACAACUGGCCUCUGGAUGACGACGAUUUGGGCAGAAUGCACAAACUGUAUAGACGUGUUGCAUACCAACGAUGUUCGCGUUGGGUAUUUCAAAUUUUGGGGAAAAAGAACAGAAGACCGCUUCCAGCGUGUGUUUACACGACCAUUCGAGAUCGAUUUUCGUCUCAUGAUGGCGUCUACACUCAUUUUAAAUACGCAAAAAAGUCGAAAUGGUAA